GUAACCAUUGUUAUUCUUUGUUACUACUUCUCUCUCUCUCUCUCUCUCUCUCUCUCUCUCUCUCUAAUCUCAAAUUAAGUUCUCUUUUUUUUUUCUCUUUUUUCUCUUCUCUAAAACCUUCAACUGUAACACAAAGUUUCGUAACGUCACUCGUCUCUUCUCUGUUCAAAUCUCUAUUUGUAGCGCUACUUUCUUCAAUUCCAAUUCUAUCUUCCUUGCUCCGCUUAGGUACCACUGACCUCAACGGAACCCCAAUUUCGGGAAUUAGGGUUUUGGCCCCAUCGAUGUCCCGUUAGGGUUUACGAUGACCGAAUUGGAGGAACGGAUGGGGGAUUUCAAGCCCUUCUCGGAGGGGUCGUCGUGCUCGCGAUCAAUUAGCGAGACGAUGAAUGGGUCGCACCAAUUCACGAUAAAGGGGUAUUCUUUGGCCAAAGGGAUGGGUGCGGGGAAGUACAUCAUGAGCGAUACCUUCAGCGUUGGUGGCUUCGAUUGGGCUAUCUAUUUCUACCCUGAUGGCAAGAACCCUGAGGAUAAUUCCAUGUAUGUUUCUGUUUUCAUAGCUCUUGCCAGCGAUGGAACUGAUGUUAGGGCUUUGUUCAAGUUGACGUUGGUGGAUCAGAGUGAAAAGGGUAAUGAUAAAGUUCAUAGCCAUUUCGAUCGCCCUCUUGAGAGUGGACCUUAUACCUUGAAGUAUAGAGGCAGCAUGUGGGGUUACAAGCGUUUCUUCAGAAGAACACUAUUGGAAAAUUCAGAGUAUCUAAAGGAUGAUUGCCUCAUCAUGCAUUGCACUGUUGGUGUUGUCAAAACUCGUUUUGAGGGAUCUAAACAAGGUGUUAUUGUGCCACAGUCAGACAUGGGCCAAGAUUUUAAGGACCUGUUGGAAUCUGAGGUUGGAUGUGACAUAGUUUUCAAGCUCAAAAAUGAAAGUUUCAAAGCUCACAAGUUGAUACUUGCUGCCCGAUCUCCAGUGUUUAGAGCGCAGUUUUAUGGACUUGUUGGGGAUCCUAGCUUAGAGGAAGUAGUGGUAGAGGAUAUUGAGCCCUUUAUCUUCAAGGCAAUGCUUCUCUUCAUUUACUCUGACAAACUUCCUGACAUCUAUGAGGUUAUGGACUCGAUACCCAUGUGCUCAUAUACUGUCAUGGUGCAGCAUCUCUUGGCUGCUGCCGAUCUCUAUAAUCUUGAUCGGCUAAAAUUGUUAUGUGAAUCAAAAUUGUGUGAAGAACUCAAUACUGACAAUGUGGCCACCACACUUGCCCUGGCUGAGCAACACCACUGUCCACAGCUUAAGUCAAUCUGUUUAAAAUUUAUUGCAAAUCCAACAAACUUGGGAGCUGUAAUGCAGUCCGAAGCUUUUGUGCACUUGAAAGAGAGUUGCCCCUCAAUGUUGUUGGAAUUGCUGGAGACAUUUGCAUCAGUGGAUGAUAAUUCAAGCCAGACAUUGAGCAGAAAGAGAAGUGGCAGUAGCAUAUAUGGUCAAGAUUUAGCAGAUGGAGCAGCUGCCGAAUCAGUUAAUCCCAAUGGCAGGCGAAUAAGGAGGCGAACAUAAGAACAGUUUACAAUCUGAAUCUGCAACCAUUUAAAGUGUGAUAUAGAUAACCCCCUAGUUAUGAAACUCCCUGUCCAUAUGAGUGAUUCCCCAUUGUCAUUUCACCUGAUCCUUGAGAUUUUAUAUGUGAAGUUUCUGGCCUUCCCACCUCGUCUCAAGGGGCAUUUCGGACAGCAUUUUCAGUAGUAGUUUGACAUUAGAAGAGUUCUAAUGUAGGGUAUAUCGUUUUUAUGACUUAAUAAAAGGUAAAUAGCUGAUAUAUUUGUUUUUUCAAUCAUGUCUUGGAAGAAAAUACUUUUCCUUUUCAAGCGCCACCCCCCCCCCCCAAAAAAAAAAAAAAAAAAAAAAGAUUUAUGAUAGAACAUCCCCCCAUUUUGUUUCUCCUUCAAUUCCAAGUUUUGUAGUUUCCAAACGUGAAACACUGGGUUUAUGUUUGUCUGAUGGCUGUAUGAUUCAAUCUGUGUCUUUCCCGGCUUAUCUUUAUUUUUCAGGCCUUGGUUCUG